UACAUGGAUAAUGUAGGAGAAGAGGAAGCUGCAUACAGUGUCCAAAUGAUAGCGAUUGCAGUGUAACUGCUGGUUGUUGUGCAGCGCUGUCUGUCAUUAUUACCAUGACAAGGAGUUUGCUGCGGAAAAAGAAUACCUCAAGUUCCUGACUCCGCUCACGUGGCACCAGAGGUAAAAAGAUGCUGAUUGAGCUCAGCUGGCCAUGAUGGCAACUACUGAUGACUCGGCAAUAAUGUUGUCAAAGAAUGACAAACCCCUCCUUCCCUUCGUUUUUGUUCUUCUUCUUUUGGGAAUAACUUGUUCUUGCUCCAAUGGUUCGCUUGUAAAAGUCAAUAAAGGUUUAAAGGUGAGGCGGGGUCAGUCCGUCUACCUCCAGGAAGGUGACCUGCAGUUCUCGAUCCCGCUUCACAAGGAUGCGUGCAAGGUGGAAGUGGUUUUAAACGAGGCCAUCACUCAACGAGUGGGCAGAUUCCUGCCUCAGGUAUUCGACUGCCAGUAUCGAGAUAAUGAGGUCAAGUACGUCCAUAACGGUUGUCCGUUGUUAACAGAGGACACAGUCAAACUUCGGCUGUACAGGUUUACCAACAAUGACACACAUAUGGAGGUGUUUUCUCUCCAUGUUGACAUCGUGGAACCUGAAUGUAGCAUCAUCCAGCUCGGGCCAAAAAUUUUAGAAGUUUCUGCUUACGGAAUAUCGGAUGAUGUCGAUGGCAAAGUGGUGUCUUUCCACUAUGAGAGGAGAGCGAGCUUAGACUGCAGUGUCCAUAUUAAUACACAGGACACUCAUCUGCCGGCUCAUGGACAACUUAUUAGCGAAACACAGAAUGUUGCAAAGCAAAAAGACAAUCCGAGGAGCUACAGCCAAGUAAAUCUGCAAACCGAACAUUUAAAGAGCGGGUUAGGCGGCAAUAUGAAGACCAUAGAGUUCCUCAAAAUUCCCUGUGAUGACUUCCUGGUGAUGGGACUGAAAUAUCGCCACAUGACUCCUCCGUCUCCUGAUGUAGAUUACAUCACCAUCAGGCUUGACCUCAAGGACACGAGAAGCAGCAGUGUAUAUAAGUCUGAACAGAUCUGGAUUCCCAUUUGGAUCAAAGGAGCCUUAGCUAACCAGCCUCCCGAAGCAGCAUUCAUGCCCACCUUCGUCCUGGAGGUGGACCAGUUUGUCUUCACCCCGCUAACCACAACAACGUUGGAUGCAGACGAUGAUGAAACACCGAAGGAGCUCUUGAUUUUUAACAUCACCGAGCUUUCGCCAACAAACGGCUUUAUCGCUCACCUGUCGGAUCACACUCGUCCCAUCUACUCAUUCACGUGGUUGGAUCUGAGUGACAUGCUGAUUGGAUACCAGCCCCCGAACUCCUCUCAUAGCCAGCGUAGGAACUACGAGAUGAAAAUCGAGGUUCACGAUUUUUUCUUUGAGAAGAGCCCACCGAUGACAGUUCACAUCUCCGUGCGGACAGCCGACACCAACGCGCCCAGAGUUUCUUGGAACAUGGGUCUCAGCCUGUUGGAGGGUCAGUCUCUCCCGAUAACGUGGGAGCAGCUGCAGAUUGUGGACAAUGACAACAUAGACACCGUUCGUAUUGCUGUGGUGGACGGUCUUCUGCAUGGAAAGCUGACUGUUGGAGGCAUAAAGGGCUUCAUGUUUACCAUCAGUGACAUUAAAGCUGGCUUUGUUUGCUAUCACCACGACGACAGUGACUCCACCAGCGAUUUCAUCGUGUUCCGCAUCACCGAUGGACGUCACAGCACUCGCUCCAAGUUCCCUGUUAAGAUCCUCCCGAAGGACGACAGUCCCCCGUUCCUCGUGGCCAACGUCCUGCUGGAGGUGUUGGAGGGUCAGACCACCCUGCUAAAAGGCUCCUCUCUUCAAGCAUCCGAUAUGGAUUCCAGUGAUGGCCACAUUAUUUUUAAUGUAACCACUCCCCCACGGGCAGGAGAGAUUGUGAAGAUUCCGGGACCGGGGCUUAUAGGUUACCCUGUCAGCAAAUUUCUCCAGAGGGACCUGUCCCAGUCUACGAUUUACUACCACCACACAGGAAAGGAGAUGUUACACGACUCGUUUGAAGUGGUUCUGUCAGAUUUGCACGAUCCCCCAAACCUGUCAGAAACGCAGAUUGUCAUGCUAGACAUUGAGAGCAUACCUCACCAACCACCUAAAGAGGUUCCCGAUGCCAGGCGGUGUCUCGUAGUCAAAGAGACGGACGUGGUUCUUUUGACACAGCGGCACCUUCACUUCGUAGACAUGGGGUCACCUGAUGGUGAUGUCACAUACACCGUUACGACGCCACCUUUCUAUGUUGAUGGCCAAAGCAGUGUUGAUGCGGGGAGGUUGUUUCUCGUGGACAGCAUACCCAAAUUCGCCAAAGAUGCCAAUGCACCAGUGCUGAAGCUCUUCACGCAGCAUGCCAUCAACUUCAUGAAAGUAGCCUACAUGUCUCCCAUCGGUGAUAUCGGUCCCUUUCCUCGCCACGUCCAGUUUGUUCUCUCGGUAACCAACCAACACAGCAAAAAACUGGAUGGGAUCUGCUUUAACGUCACGCUGAUACCAGUGGACAAUCAAUUUCCUCAGGUCAUCACCAACUCUCUAGUAGUAGAUGAAGGUGGAAGUAGCCUGCUAGGCCCGGAACACCUGAUACUGUCGGAUGUGGACUCUGUUAAGAAUUCCUUGCGGUUGGAGCUACUGAGGGAGCCGAAGCACGGAACACUGCAGCUGAAUGGCUUGCCUCUAAAACCGGGACAAGAUUUUAGACUGCUUGAGCUGACUAGCCGUAUAGUUAGGUACCACCACGAUAAUUCAGAAACUACAGAGGACAACAUUGACUUUGCAGUCACUGAUGGGACCAAUAACAUCAGUUUUAGUCUUCAAGUAAAUGUAAUGUCCAUCAAUGAUGAGGUACCUGUUUUGGUUCCUGGCUUGAAACCGGUGCUCAACUGCGACGAAGGCCACACAGCUGUCAUUACAGCUGAAUACAUCUGUGCUACAGACACAGACAGCGACAACAACAGCCUUGCCUUCCUGAUUGCCCGGCAGCCCCUUCAGGGGUUGGUGCUGAGAAACGGUGUUGUCGUAGAUUACUUUGUUCAGGCCGAUAUCAUCAAGGGUUUUAUUAGCUACAAACACACAGGCCAGGAAAUCGGACUCACUCCUCACCAUGACACUAUCACCUUUGUGAUUUCUGAUGAAGAAACGGAAAAAUCGGCUGCAUGCUGUGGUGAAAGAGCGGAAAUGGCACUUCCUGUGUAUGACCUCCAUGUCACAAUUUUUCCAGUCAACAGCCAGCCACCCUUGCUCAAAACAGGAGACCUGUUUGUGGUAGACGAAGGUGGGACCGCUCAAAUAACAACGAGUCAUUUGAAGGUGUCUGACGAAGACACCGUAUUGGAUAAGCUGGUGUUAACUUUGAUGACACCGCCUCAGUUUGGCUACCUUGAGAAUGUCCGGCCGAGGCCUGGUUUUGAGAAAAGCAACAUGGGCGUAAGCAUAGAUUCAUUUUCUUACAGUGACGUCAUUGACGACGGACAAUUCAGUUCAGGUCGUUUCGCAUUCAGCAUUGUGGUCAAACCAACAAAUGACGAAACUCCAGAGUUUGUGGCUCAAAAUAUCACGGUACGAGAAGGAGGCAUGAAGCAUCUGGACUUGACUGUGUUCCACGUGGAAGAUAUGGAUGUCCCCGAGAAUGUUCUUCUCUUUCGUGUUGUUAAACAUCCGUGGCAUGGCCGUAUUGUGAGGCCCUCCGGUGGUUUCGAAUCUGAUGUAGUUGACUUCACGAUGAUGGAUCUGACAAAUGGUAAAUCACUGAUGUAUGCACAUGAUGACUCAGAAAGCCAAGAUGACAGCUUUACUGUCGAGUUAACUGACGGGCGAUACCAAAUCCAAAGACGGGUUAUGGUUAAAGUGUUGCCAGUCAACGACGAAAAACCUCAUUUAACACGAAACAUCGAAUUGGAGGUGGAACCAGGACAGGCCAGACUCAUAACCAGUGUAACACUCUUUGCACAGGACCAUGACACCCCGUCUUCACAGGUCCUGUACGAAUUGACAAAUGUUCCUACGCAAGGAGUACUAGAGAUUAGGCAUGAUGGGGACUGGGUUAAGCUGAGAGCUGGAGGAAACUUUACCCAGGAAAUGGUGGACAUGAACCAUCUGCGCUACGUGCACCAAGACCUGUUUGGUAACACGAUGCUGGACUUCUUUGUUUUCUACUUGCACGACGGAAGGAAUCAAUCUCCGUUACAGCGGUUCAACAUGUCCAUCCUACACGUGGAAAAAGGAAAUAUCGCCAUGUUGGUCAGACCGGUGAAGGUCCGCCGCGGGGAUCGCGUGGUUCUCACUACAGACGCACUAUUUGCCACAGAUGGUACGGACAAGUCAGAGGAGCUCGUGUUCAUUGUUACCGCUCCGCCUGCUCAUGGAUAUUUGGAGAACGUCAAGCGUCCCGGAGUGGCCAUCUCCACCUUCAGCCAGAUGGAUGUAGCGGCAAAUUUGGUGGCUUACGUGCACGACAAGAGUUCAAGCUCUCCAAAAGAAACCAUACAGUUUGUCACGAGCAACAAAGCAACAAGCCGAAAGGGAAUCUUAGAGGUUGCAGUGACAACAGCGGAUUGUAUCCCACCGUCAUUAUCUAACCAGGGCCUCAUCAUUCCCCGUGGAUUCUCCAUGAUCUUGAGUCCCGACUGCCUUUCCAUGUCUAGCACCGGCACCUCGCCUGGCAGCCUGACCUUCCGAGUCCUGCAUCCUCCUCAGCACGGUAUCCUGGUUUUGCAUGACACACUGCUGACUGCCGGUUCCAAUUUCACCCAGCGAGAUGUAGAGGAGUUGGAGGUGAUGUACAAACACGACGGUGAGGCGUCCGAGCUCGACCAGUUUGAGUUCAUCGCCACGGAUGAUGCCAACUGUGGCGUCAUGCUGGACGGGCAAUUAAAAACGGAACCUUUGGCGUUCACCAUUCAGAUCAAGCCAGUAGAUACAUCACAUCCACAAGUUGUGACAUUGCUUCCUCUUUGGAAGGCAGAGCUUUUAGCGGAUGGACGAUAUGGGAUCUUUUUGUCAUCCCACAAGCUAAAAGCUAAAGCCGGCAAAGAACAGCAAAUAAUAUUCUCCAUCAUUCGGCAGCCAUAUUUUGGCUACCUGGAAAAUAUGACAACAGGUGGUUUUGCUCGACGACGCAUCUCUCAAACGGAACUGAACAUGAGAACGGUGGUCUAUAUCAUCAAUCCAAACAUGGAGUCUUUGACAGACACCUUGGAGUUCAGGGUGUCUGAUCCUCAAGGAAACGCAGGCCCUUCUCACAUAUUACAACUAAGCUGGUCCAGCGUAGCGCUGUUGCAAUCUGAAUACAUCGUGUGCGAGGAUGACAAAAUAGUCUCAGUCGAGAUCAUUCGGAAAGGUUAUAUAGCGGAAUCAUCGUAUAUCAGCAUCCAGGUGAAGGAGGUGACUGCAAUGGUUGGAAAAGAUUUUCUCUUAAGUGCCUCUUCUCUAGUCCAGUUUGAUCCAGGAGUCUCAACGAAGACAUGGAAAAUCAAACUCCUUCAGGAUCAGCUUGAAGAAACAGAUGAAAUAUUUGAAGUUCUUUUGGUUCACCCAGAAGGCACCGUUAUUGGCACCAUCCAGAAAGCCCAAGUUACCAUUAAUGACUCGGGGAGAGGGCGUUGUGAAGAAAACCAGGAUGGUGUCGGUGGAAAAGUCAUUUCGGGUCUUAGAUCAGGGUCUCAAUAUUCAUCACUUGGUGCAGAAUCAGUCAUCGGUACCCGUGAAGGUGCCAUCUCAAUACCUGAAUUGGACGUUUUCCAAAGGAACAUCGUUUUCGAAAACAAAUUCAAUAGCAAAAUACAAGUGGACGAUGCCUCGCUGACAAAGAAGGGUAAGAAAGACCGUCAUGUUGUCAGCAGACCUCAAAAAACACGCACCAACGCUGGGAAAAGUGGCCUUGUUAGUGGACACGCUACAAGUGAAAACUUCCUAACCAAGCCAUGUUUGCCAAAACUGAUGGGAGUCCUGUAUUUUAACCAGACAACCAAACAGAUCUUACAGUGCAAUGGUGUAACCUGGACGUCUUGGGCACCGACAGACCAGAACAGAAAAACUCAUUUAUGUGCUCGGGGUUGGAGCUUCCACAACGGUCACUGCUAUGUCCUCGACAGAAAGCAUAAAACCUCGUGGAGCACAGCUAAACGCAACUGUAAAGAGAGGUAUAAAGGCACCCUUGUGAGUGUUUUAUCAGAACGCGACAUGGAAUGGUUGUGGGCCUUUGGUGGACGGAGACCAUUUUGGAUAGGACUUAGCAGAGACGGCAAAGGAUUGUGGGAGUGGCUGGACGGCACGACUCUUAAAUACACAAACUGGAUGACGAGGGCAACCCGUGUAAGAAGUGGUAAAAAGUGUGUCCUGGUGUGGAGACAGGCUAAAUGGCAAAUACGGGACCGCAAGACCAAAAGUCGUCACAACUAUAUAUGUUCUGUUAAGAUUUGACUCCCACGGCAUCUAUGAAGACCCUCCAUAAAGUGACCUGCCGACCA